AUGUGCGGCGCUGAUCAGACCGUUGCGCCCGCCAACAACAAUGACCACUUGGUCCAGUCAUCCGACCCCGAACACCCGGCCAACCUGAUCCCGGAUCUCUGCCGUAGAUUCUACAAUUGGGGCUGGGUCACUGGAACUGGCGGAGGUACUUCCAUUCGUCAUGGCGAUCACAUCUUCAUUGCGCCAUCCGGUGUCCAGAAGGAGCUCAUGAAAUCUGAGAACAUCUUCGUUAUUCAAUGGCCGACCCCCAAGUACCCCGCCACUGAGCGCAACUAUAUCCGCAAGCCUCUUAAGCUGAACCCAUCCGCUUGCACGCCGUUGUUUCUGACUGCCUUUGAACACGGCGCGGGCUGCUGCAUCCAUACUCACUCUCAAUGGGCCGUUCUGGUGACUCUGUUGGUUGAGCGCGAGAAGGGCCCCGACGCUUGCUUUGAGAUUAGCAACAUCGAACAGAUCAAGGGUAUUCCCAAGGGCAAGGGCAAGGGAAUGCACGGAUAUCACGACACUCUGAGCAUCCCCAUCAUUGACAACACGGCAUUUGAGGAGGACUUGACCAGCGGCCUGGAGGCUGCCAUGAACAAGUACCCCGACACCUACGCGGUGCUGGUGCGAAGACACGGAAUUUAUGUCUGGGGUGACAAUGUCGCCAAGGCAAAGACCCAGUGCGAGUCUCUGGACUAUCUAUUCCAGCUUGCCGUGGAGAUGCACAAGCUUGGCCUGCCUUGGGUCAAAUAG